AUGUCUGGGUGGUUUACGACCAUAAUCAAAUGUACCGCCUUAACCUCCUCCGAGUGCUCUAUUCCCUUCUUUUCGCAGAGAGAACGAACUCGUGAAAAGGAUGGAAUAGAGCACGGAUUUGCUGUCAGAUGGAGCUUUCAGGGUUGUUUUGGUUCUAACAUGUGCUUCUCCCCCCAAUCUAGGCCGGCUGUGGUCGGAGAAUCUGAGACUUUGAUCAUCUACAAACCGGAAGCAAAGGAGUUCGAGAAGCGACACUGGAGUGAAACCUUUGGUGCUGAGAAUAUCUACGCUCCGUACUUUGACAACCUGACCACAAGCACUUGGAUGCGGGAGGGAUUCCGCAAGUUUGAUGUUUUGAAGAGGGUUGAUCGGGAGAUAUUCAAUGGGCUGAUGGACCCCAUCUGGCAAAUUCAUCAACAACAGCCCUCCGGAACCAUUCCCUUGAUUCGUGGCGACCUCUACCAGCUACGGAAAUUCCUGUUUCUCAUGACUUCUCAGCACAGCAGGGACAAGACUAUGCACCUACUAGCCCACGACCCGACCAUGGAGGAUGCGAGGAUUAGAAGGAGGAAGUUUAUUGAGGCACAUGAGAUGGAGCAUCCUAGGGAUGUUUGGUUGGGUAACUCGGAACAGAUUUUGGACUCUCAGCACUACGACGUUCAGAGCAAUAUGGAUAUCUUUGACUUGGAUCGGGAGAACUAUCGUGUGAAUGCGAAGGAGAGGUUUUUGGUGUUUUGGGAGGCUGGACCCGGCGAGGAGUUUAUCUUGACCGAGAAUGCUUUUGGGGGAUUUGAGGGUGGUCAGAUUGGCGCGAAGAAGAAUUCACAGGUUAGCUUGAGGGCAAGGGAACUCGAACAGCACCUUUACACCCGGGAUUUCAUGUGGCAUCAACUCUACGUUCUUUCACCGACCUUGGUCGCUGCUCUCUGCCAUGGCACUUUGAUGCAUCCCGAGCUUACCCGAAACCAGAGGAAGCGAUAUGGCCUGAGGCGUUCUAUCCUGGAAGGCUUGCCGCAUGAAAUUGCGCCCAAGUAUUACAAGGAUAUGAACAAAUCGGAUGUGACCUUCAUCAAACCGAACUGGACUUUGCCGGCCGAGGUUGAGAGGGCUUUUGGCAAUAAUGUGUUGUUGGAGAGGAGGAAGGAUGAUGAGAUCUUGUUCCCUGUUCAGCGGUUGACGCCAACCCAAGUUGCCCUGGUCAAUAGUGUUCUCCUUCAUAAUCAGCAGUCUGGCGCGAAGGUCAAAUCGGUCUGUUGCAGGUCCCCACCGCAGUACCAAUCUCUUUAUCAGUCAUUGGUUCAGUUCCAUCAUAACCAAUGGCACAAGUACUCCGAGGAAGAGCAGAACGACUAUUCUCCAUUGACCGAUAGACUCCAGGUGUACCUCCAUCCGGAACCCAUGCCUCCCCCAAACCAGCUCCAAUAUGCCCAACAGCAACAGUUCCCAGGACGCCAUCCCAUGCUCAAUCCGCAAUUCCCUGUGCCAAUGCCCGAUCCGAGACAGCUCUUUGCCGAAGGAAGACAUGCCCUCCCUGUUCCCGAAGUCCCCAAAUACGAGCCUAUUCAUGUUGAUAUGCGUCCGGCCCACCUCCGUGCUAAUAGCCAUACUGCCCCAAGCCAGACAUCCUAUCACUCGUCUGGGACUUCUUCUUUUGCUCCCUCUUCCCAGUCUUCUCAUGGAUAUUCCUCGGCCUCCAGUCAGUCCUCCACCAGUACUCGGACCACUAGCAUUGAUACCCCCCGUUUCGAGCCCAAAGAAAUCACUCUUGACAAGAACCGUCAGUCUCCAACCCGCAAACCCGAACAACCCUUAGGCCGGCGUCCUUCUAAUUCUCAACCUGAACUCGCACCACGUGGAAGCGACGGUAGCAGGAAGACCAGGAUUGACAAGGCCAAGCCAAAGGUGACCAACAUAGUCCUGGAACGUACCGAGAUCCUGGGGGAGCAUACUGGUGUCAUUUCUGAGCGGGGAAGGCAACUCGAUCCUCCCAAGAUUGAGCAAUCCAGAUCAAAGAAGAAUAGCCCCAAUCCUGGCCCAGACCGCUUGGAGUUUGCCGCACCAGAGUUGAAUAAGACCCGUCGACCGGAGCCUGUGAUUGAGCAUCGCCAAUCACAUCCUAAGUCCAGUGCCCUUCCCGACCGUCCUAUUUACGUGGUUGAAUCUGUUAGGCCGAAUCCACCUGACAGGUCAAGAAGCGAUCAGCCCGGAGCUCAAUGGGGAAACACUUUCACUAAGCAACAACAAGCACAAACCCAACCGCAGCGACCCGCCGGGGAGCGCAUGCCCCAGAACAGUGAUAACGCGAGGCAACGCAAGUAUGAGAUUAUCCGACCCUCACAACACCAAGCUCAGCAACACCAAACUCUGUACCAGCCCCAGCCUCAACGUCCAGCCAAUGAGCGCUCAUCUCAGGGCAGCGAACAUGUCAGACAGCGCCGCUACCAGCCGGUCAGAUCGGAGGAGCAGCAACAUAAUGCUCACCCUCAGACCCAGCCUCAAAGACCUGUCACCGAGCGCACGUCGCAGAGCAGCGACCAUGUUCGUCGGAGCCAAUAUCAAAGCGUCAAGGUCGAAUACAGCCAGCCACAACCCCAGAAGCCCGUCGACACUCCGGCUGAACGAAAGCCCCAGAUUAUCGACACCUCUAACAGAGAUAGAGGAAGGCAGUAUGAGAUUAGGACUGAGCCUAGUCAAGUUCAGAGACCCUCCAAUCCUUCGACUGACCGCUCUCGCCCCGCUGAACGUAAAUACCAGGCGGCCAUGCCGGAGCAACAGGUCCACGCUCAAAUAACUGUCAAUAAUAGCAACACCCACAGCCAGCGUCCGAUCACCAAGCCAGAUAACUCAAGGGUCUAUCACCAUGUCUUGAAGCCCGAACAACCGAAGCAGCAACAGCAGCAACCUCAAUCACAGGCCCAACAACAGCAGCCGCAGCAGCAAUCCCAAACCCUGCCGCCUCCGCCUCCGCAUCAGCACCUAAAGCCUGUCAUCUCCCACGACAGCCAGCCUGUCGUUACGGAUGAACACAAGGGUCGUCGAUUCGAAGUCUCGGAGCAAGUUCAGCAGACCGAACCUCAACGGAUUGUAAAUUCGUCCACAGAACGAACCAUGCGUCCGGGAGUUGAGAUAGUGAGGCCACAUGUUCUCGAGCCCACCAGAACCACCGAAUCCCGUGCUCAAGAGCCAGCCCGUGUUGUGUUGGAGAACCCGAAGAUGAAACACCUCCGCUUCGAGGCUGCGGGUAAGACUCUUACCCACAAGCACUCGGGUUCCAGUCUCGCAGGAUCUAUGGUUGUUGAGAUUGGUGAGGUUGAGAGUCAGGGGAGCGACGGUGAUGAGGAAGAUGACGGCGGUGAUGAAGGGAGCUGGGAGGAUGAAGGUUUUGGAGAGAUGGAGGAGCUCAGCAAACCCCGCAAGCCAACUGUCCGAUUUGCUGAUCGCCCUUUGUCGAGGACCGGUGGUCGUGGCAUGCACAUUGAGCGACCAUCUUCACGUUUGGGACGACGAGUGGAGAUUAUUAGACCUUUGUCUAGGAACAGCCAGCGAGUCGAGAAUGCCAGAAAGCCCAGGAUCGUUCAUGCACAUCGUUAAUCCACAUGUUGUGAAAAUUCAUUAUUCCUUCGCUUUUCAUUUGUCGGAUUGCCACUUUUCCCGUUUUUCCCGUCACCUGCAUCAUUUUUUUUUUUUCAUACUUUAUUUUAUUUCCCCGAUUCAGCCUUAAUUACUCACAUUUUUCUUUACGCUCCUCUGUUCAUGUUUUUCUUAUUAUUUCACUUAAAUCUAAGUUUUCUUUUUUUUUCUUAUCAACGGUAACCCAUGAGGUCAAAAUCUUGUAUCAGGCGUUCGUGUGUGGGAAAAGUCAUGUAUCUCGUGGUUAAUUAUGUAUCUGUAUGUGGUGGAGUAAACGGGGUUCGAAGAAAGGCGACGGGAAAGGGUUAGUAGGAGCUAAGGUAUGAUAUUUCAUCGUUAUAGACAGAGGAUAAAGAAAAAUUAGGGUGAGGUCAUUAUUGUUUCGGGGAUUUUUUUUUUUUUUUGAAUUUCGGCAUUAAGCAGCAUAAAGGCGGGGGGGUUCUUGGUUUUGUUUUCUUUUACCCCUUUCUUUGUAUUCCCUCACCAUGAUUCCCCAUUUCAUUAAAGGUGUACUGUCAUGUAAGAGGUGGAAACAUUUGACUUUUUUUUUAUCUCUUUCCUAUCGUUCCUAUCUUUUUUAUUACUCUAGGAAGGAACAUAUGUUUGUGCAUUUUGUUCUUUCUGUGAUACCUUCCUCUCCACAUGCUGGGCGGGAGAGAUCCUUCCUUUUUGCUCAUUCCCCGAUUUUUAUUUAUUUUUACCUCUACCGAUACCCAGUCUUAUCCCUUCAUAGCCGGAGGAUUUGUUAUUAUGAUUGUGCUUUAGUGUGGUAAUUAGUCCUGGCGACGAUGAAUAUGGCAUAUUACGGAUCUAAUGGAACAUUGAACACU